GAAUGUGUGUGUCGAAACGCACCGUGCUGUAUGUGUGAGAGAAUCGUGAUUAAUCUGACCAGGAGUGGUUGAUUUUAUUUCUGAUUAAAGAAAAGUCCUUUUAAGCAGCUUAUUCAGCAGAGAUUUUGUUUAACCAAGGGUUCGCUGGCUGUAAGCAGAAAGCUGAGUUAUCUUUUAGUUUGUAUACACUUGUGUGAGUUCCAUACGAGUUAGUGCUAACUACAAACGAAAUAGUGACUGAGUAUUUAAAUACUAAAGCAGACAUUAUCAACGUGAAUAACGGUGAUAAUGUGAGCUGCAAGACUGCACAUCCAGGUAGCGCCCUGAAUCGCCGAGAGGUUCAGGGUUCCCCUGGCAACGAGGGAUCGUAAGGAGGCCAGGACGCGCAUAUCGGGGACGAACUGAGUGAUUUGAGUUUCCUAACACGGGAGGACUCAUUACUACGGAUCGAAGGUAUCCCAUUUAAUGUUUAUUUGGCUCUUCGGAGUGAAGUGGCCAAUUAUCUCUUUAUUUUGUGGCCACAACGCACGCGAGCAACGAUACGGGCCUGCAACGAGGGGUGAGCGUGUGUGUGUGUGUGUGUGUGUGUGUGUGGGCCCACGUCAGUUAAAGUUUAUCUGUCCAUUUAUAACUGCCAUAGCGUUUUCCUAUAUGUCAUAAGUGACCAAUCACUUGCCAUUUUGUGUUCAUAAAAUAUACCUCUUGUAAAAACACCAGGCUGAAGCCUAAUGCUCAUUUUUUAAACAUCUGAAUAUCUGGUUGCAAGGGGGUUUAGAUGGGCAAGGAGGAGGCGAGAACCGGUUUAACAAUAUAAAUAAUAUUUAAUUAAAUAUAAAGACACACACAAACACAUACAGGGCAGCUGCCAGUAAUUCUCUCUCUCUCUCGAAUUGUUGUCACCGGCCGCUUUAUCCGUCGUGCACUCCAUCAGGCUGAUUGGGGGCGUCAUUCCAGUCAGGCCCCGCCCCCUCCACUCUACACUGGUCAAGAUUAUUUUGAAUGAAGCUGGAACAAAUACAAUGAUUUACAUAUAACAGUCCAACUCUCUUAAUUUUCUUUAUUUGCUACAAGUGUUUUGAGCAUUGAUACAUUGGUAUAUUUAAGGGUUUUUCACACUGUGCUUUACCCUGGGUUGUUGUCUUUUUAAAACCCCACUUUUAACCCCAGAUGAAGCAACGUUUCACACUUGUAAUUUUGAAAGGGUGUUGGCACCACUUUUAAACUGGGGUUAGGAAACCCUGCUCCGGAGCUGCAAGUUAACCUUGCAUUGCAGUGCCAAAGGUAUACAGAAGUAAACAUUGCAGUGUUGUAAUGUUUCAUAAAGUGCUUACCUUAUUUAAUAUUCAUGCACUUUGUACAGUCGCAGAAAUGUUCACAGGCUGUUUACAUUCGCCGUCUGAUGGGAACCAUUAAAAACAGUCAAACUGUGAUGACAAACACGAUAACAGGCAUGAUUAAGAGACAGUGUUCCUUUUGUGUGCGUUUUUGUGUUGUGACAGAGCUGAUUUUCUUGCCGACAUUUAGACAGAAGAGCAGCUCCAUUGACGGGUUGAGUGUCUGUUGCAAGCUGUAUUCAUCCAAUAAUUGGUCUACACAUAAUCUACACAACAAAUAUGCAAAUAAAUACAUUAACCCAGGGUAUAUGAAGGUACAGUGUGAAACCUCGGAACAUGAAUAACCAGGAUUAAUUAUUGACCCUGGGUAAAGGUUUUUUUUAUUGUAAAAGGGUCUUUCAAAUACAUUUAAACAUCAUUCUGUAUGUUGGCAUCAGAUACUGUAGGUUUCCCUACAGUAAUUUGUAGCCUUUGUAUUUAUUUUUUGAUUUUAAGAUUUUCACAAUGCACAAGAAACAUUGGAGCAACAACUGUCAUCCUUGCAUUCCAUCACCAACUGAAGGUAGAGACUUAUAAACUAACUAGUGAACUUGAGGAGUUUCAUUGAGAUUAAGACCGAUAGUUAGUAAUAACAGUUUAUGGAACAAGGUCUUUCUUUAAAAAAAUAAAAUGUCAAUAUUUCUCAAUUUGCUGGCAUCUGCCAGGUUAAUUAGUGGUGCUUGCUUUAGCAAAGUGCCACUACUACUAUACCUCUCUGAACUUCAUUUUGGCAUUUUUAAAAAUCAAUUACCCAAUUCUUCUUCUUUCAUACAAAUUUCACCAUCUAACUAGUCCUGCCCUGUUUGUGCUAUGGGCAUUAAUAAUUCGAUUUCAUAAUAAUUAGAUCAUGCAGAUUACUGAGGAGAUGGGUGCUAUAACCUUUAUAAGUGAUCAGGUGUAUGAUGUUUACCUUUGAAAAAUGAAUAGAGUGGUAAUAUCUCCAGAUCAAUAUGUCAUGUUGUUUGUCUGUCUCAAGUGACAAGGACCAUGGAUGUCAUCCAUAAUCGAGAGGUGCGCAGGUGACUGGUCAGUCCAAUCUGCGCUAGGAAAAGUCUGUUGCAGUGGGGGCAAGGAUGCCUUCUGGGUGAGGAGAAGGUUCUGGCUCGGGAUUUCCUGGCAGCACGCUUCCUGAUGGCCUCAUCGGUCCUUUUCUGCUCAAAAGAGGCUACGCCAGUGACUUGUCUGCGCCAAGCUGAUCGUCUUGGUCUAGUAUAAAGGUACGAGUGACAGCAGUCAGUCAACAAGCAGAAUCAGCUUCAGCUUCUCCUUUGUGGAACUCCUGAGGAUCAGCUAGCGCAACCAUGAUGGGCAAGGUCAUCUUCUAUGAGGACAGAAACUUCCAGGGUCGCUCAUAUGAGUGUAUGAACGACUGUGCUGACAUGUCCUCCUACAUGAGCCGCUGUCACUCCUGCAGAGUGGAGAGCGGCUGUUUCAUGAUGUAUGAUAAUCCCAACUACAUGGGAAAUCAGUAUUUCUUCAGGAAGGGCGAGUAUGCUGAUUACAUGUCCAUGUUUGGAAUGAGCAACUGCAUCCGAUCCUGCCGUAUGAUCCCCAUGCACAGGGGAUCCUACAGAAUGAGGAUCUACGAGAGGGAGAACUUCAUGGGCCAGAUGCACGAGAUGAUGGAUGACUGUGACAACAUCAUGGACCGUUACCGCAUGUCUCACUGUAAUUCUUGUCAUGUGAUGGACGGUCACUGGCUCAUGUAUGAGCAGCCCCACUACAGAGGCAGGAUGCAAUACUUCAGGCCUGGAGAGUACAGGAGCUUCAACAACAUGGGUGGCAUGAGAUUCAUGAGCAUGAGGCGUAUCAUGGAUUCUUGGUAUUAGUGUUCCAAGUUUUUAAUAAAAUAAGUUCACUAAAAAAGUAAA